AUGGGUCUCUGCGUAUCGUACGACGCAGCAGCCGACGGCGUGGCCACCGCGAGGGUGGUGUUGCCCAGCGGCGAGCUCCGGGAGUACUCUCAGCCGGCCACGGUGGCUAUGGCGCUGGAGGAGGUCGGCCAAGGAAAGCAGGGGUGGUUCCUCUGCGACGCCGACGCGAUGGGCUUCGAGGGCUCCGUCGCAGCAGUGGCCGGAGGCGAGGAGCUCCGGCCGGGGCAGAUCUACUUCGUGCUCCCGGGCGAGAUGCUGCGCCGCCGCCUCACCCUCGAGGAGGUGUCGGCGCUGGCGGUCAAAGCCAGCGCCGCGCUCGUUAAGGCCGCCACCGCCUCGUCUGGCGCCGGCCGACGCCGGCGAGGCUCCGUGGCGCCGCUCGUGUUCGAGCCAUCCGAGGAGGAUUACUCGGACGAUGCGGUGAUGACUUCCAUCGCGGUGAAGCCGGUUGUGGCCAGGAAGCGGGUGGUCGCGUACCGGGCCGGGAGAUCGCCGCCGAGGUUCUCUCCCGACUUGACCGCCAUCCCGGAAAGCGAGUAG